GAGAAUUCCAAACCAAAAGCGUGGUAGUUCCUAGCCUUGUUGCUGGUGUCUUCGAUCUCUUCUCCGCGUCCGGAGCUCUUUGGUGGCUGUUAGCUCUUUGAUUUCAUGAAAUUAAGAGCCCAUGGCAAGCCAUCCUGGAAAAGCUACUCCUCCUAAUGGGUCUGUGUAUGUGUGCAACUUGCCUUAUGGAACAGAUGAAAAUAUGUUGGCUGAAUAUUUUGGCACCAUUGGAUUACUGAAGAAAGAUAAACGUACAGGGAGACCAAAGAUAUGGUUGUAUCGAGACAAAGAGACUAAUGAACCAAAGGGAGAUGCUACUGUGACAUAUGAGGAUCCACAUGCUGCUGUAGCUUCAGUUGAAUGGUUUAACAACAAAGACUUUCAUGGUAGUAUUAUUGGAGUUUAUAUAGCAGAAUCAAAGAGCAAGGAUGAGCAAGCAUAUAGUGCAGCUGGUGAACCAAAUGUUGGUGGCCCCAUUGGUGAACUGGAGGAAACUAACAUGGAUGUGAAUGGAGGUGGUGGAAGAGGUAGAGGUCGAAGUGAUUCUUCAGGCAAAGCGUGGCAACAAGAAGGCGAUUGGUUGUGUCCGAAUACAAGUUGUUCCAAUGUGAAUUUUGCAUUUCGUGGUGCAUGCAAUCGCUGUGGAAGCGCUCGCCCUGCUGGUGCUGCUGGUGCUGCAGGGGCUGGUGGCCGUGGUAGGGGACGUACUGGGCAGGAUUCUGGGAGCGUUGGGCGUCCCGCUGGUGGAGGACUCUUUGGUCCUAAUGAUUGGCCUUGUCCUAUGUGUGGCAAUAUCAACUGGGCAAAGCGAACUAAAUGCAAUAUUUGCAAUACAAAUAAGCCAGGUCAUAGUGAGGGUGGUGUAAGGUAUUAUCUAUAAUUCUUUUGGUAUUUCUGUACUGCUAGCUAAGAUCAUAUAGGUUUAAAUCGUGAUAUCAUUUGAGUAGGCCAUUCCGUAUGUUGUUUUGUGGUAUUAUACUCAAUAUAUUGGGAAAGGGAUUUAAUAGCAACAUAAAAUGGUGAUUCUGAAUCUCCAUGAAAUGCGCAUUUCUCUAGAAAUUUUUGUUAGACCAUUUGAUAAUCUUUACCUGCUGUUGGAAUUCCUUGACCUGCUCGUGUUUCUGUGCUUGACAGAAGGAUUUGGUUUCAGGUCGAACUGCACAUUUUCUUCCUUUAUCAGAGUGUUUCUGUAAAGGAUCCUUCCAAGUUAAAGGUUUUUGUUUGGUCGAUGAUAAUAAUAG